CCCACCUCGGAAGAAGGGACUCUCCGGCAGUCGACGAACCGCUUUUCUGUCGUCAAACGGAUCAAGCUUUUUGUGAGACUUGGAUCGGUCACAAAAAGCGGGAUUCGCUUUUCGCAUAGGAAUUGGGCCCCGCCGCUGGAAUCCGUCUAACGGUCGAGAUCGGACACUAAGCGAAACCAUUCCAAAGUCAUUUCGAUGGUCUCGCGCGGCACUUCUCGGGUUAACGGUCGUCCAGUGUUUACGUUACGUUUCAAAUGACUGUCUUAGAACGAGAGGUUUAAUCGCUAAGGGAUUAAUUACGCGUCUCGAGUAGUGCUUCGUUUCCCGGCUAGAUUAAAACAAAUUACAUAAACUAAAAGACACAUUUUGGCACACACGAGUGAAAACGCCGCAGGGUGAAUCAGUAAAUGCAGCUGAAAUUCCAAGCUUAGAAUUACAAAAGAUACAAAGAUGAUGGUACGGAAGAAAUAGUGUCGAGCCAAAAUGGAAGAGAUGCGCCAUCCCCAACAGGUCGGACCGAAUAUGAUGAGUGUCGUUGGAGGAGUGCCUAACCAUUCGAAUAGCAGUCAUCGCCGAAGCAGAGGCCGAGUCACGAUGCAUGCCAUAAUGUCCGAGACGCUUCCCCUGGACGAGGCCGCUCGAUUGGAGAUGAAAGCCUUACCGAGUAAAACUCCUGUCUCUGUGCUCCAGGAAUUACUGUCGCGCCGUGGUACAGCCCCAAAAUACGAUCUAGUUCAGAUCGAGGGUGCGAUCCAUGAACCUACCUUUCGCUACCGCGUCACCGUUGCCGACGUUGUUGAUCCAACUGUUGCAGCGAUGGGGACCGGAAGGUCCAAAAAGGAAGCAAAGCAUGCCGCUGCUAAAGCUGCACUGGACAAACUAAUUGGCGUAAACAUUGAGACUGCAGAGACUCCGCUUCCCAACAGUCUACCCGAUUCGCAGAAUUUGCAAGACAUGCAAGGCUACCCAGAGGACAUGUCGAUGAGGGAGAUGAGCAAUCCGAUCGGAUGUCUGCAAGAGAUGUGCAUGUCACGUCACUGGCCACCACCAAAGUAUGUGAUGCAGGGAGAAGAAGGCCGACCACAUGAGAAAGAGUUUACUAUAGUGUGUUCCAUUCUGAAGUACCAAGAAGUGGGCCAGGGAAAGAGCAAAAAGCUCGCCAAGAGGCAGGCUGCCUCGAAGAUGUGGCAGGCUCUGCGUGACACGACUAAUCAAGCACCUGGGGUGGACGAAGACGAGAUUAUACAAAGAAAUGCAAACGUGAGCGCCCGUUACGCAGACCUGAAAGAUAGCAAAAUCUCAACGUUGACAACACCUCACAGCCACAAAGUCUCGCUAUUUCACAAGAACCUCAAAUCUUCUUCCGGUGUUAAGCUAUUCCAACUGCAGAAUACUUGCUUGAACGACGGCGACGUGAACCUGGUUCAAUUCCUACAAGAGAUCGCUUCGGAGCAACAGUUCGAGGUGACAUACGUUGACAUAGAAGAAAAGUCUAUCAGUGGCAAGUGCCAGUGCCUGGUGCAGCUGUCGACCCUGCCGGUGGCGGUGUGCUACGGCUGCGGCGUGACCAGCAAAGACGCCCAAGCCAGCGCCGCUCAGAACGCCCUGGAGUAUCUUAAGAUUAUGACCAAAAAGUGAGCCAGCGCUCCGCUCCUGCCAGCCGUCACC